AUGUUGGGAAGUGACUGGGUCAAACCAGUUGUGUACAGGAAGGCAAGGGGGGGCUUUAGUGGCAUCAAAGCUGCGGCGGUCAUCCGCCUGCUAAAGGAGCUUGCUAAAGGAUCUACAGGCUCUCCCCCAUGGGCAGUGCAGCCUCUGGGAGGCCACCCACGACAACAAGUCUCCACCAUCCUGCAGUUCAUGGGUGAGUCUGAACACAGAGGAGGCUGUGGUGGAACGACACGCAGAGAGAAGGAGGCCGACGUCACAGCUGGAACUCCGGACAGUAGUGAGGGGAGGGCGGAGCCCCAGAACCAGUCCGAGGAGGUGGCCCAAUGGUGGGGAGAGUGGAGCAGCUGGUCAACCUGCUCUCGAACCUGCGGAGGCGGGGUGAGGUCACAGGAACGCCACUGUUUGCAACAGAGGCUCAUUGCCACGCAAAACGUGAACACCUCCAUCUGUGUUGGAUCCUCCAAGCAGUACCAGCUGUGUCCAAAUCAGCCAUGCCCCAGUAACAGGAUCAGCUUUAAGCAGCAGCAGUGUUCCUCCUUCAAUGCCAAAGCCUUUGGCCGCAAGCACUAUGUGUGGGUCCCACUUUAUCCAGAUGACUACACCAGCAUCUCCAACAAGCCAUGUGACCUCCAGUGCACCACCACCACCGGAGAAAGGCAGCUCCUGGUGCCAGCCCAAGAUGGCACCUACUGUCGGGAUGGGAUCUACCAGGGUGUCUGCAUUGAGGGCCAGUGUCAGAUGGUAGGCUGUGACGGGAAGCUGUACUCCAGUAAAACGGUAGAUAAGUGCGGGGUGUGCGGCGGAAAUGGCGGAUCCUGUUACCGCGUCUCCGGAACUUACCGGAAAGGAAUCACACAGUUAGGUUACGUGUUGAUAACCAACAUUCCUGUUGGGGCCACUGACAUCCAGAUUAUUGAGCGUCGGAAGACUGAAAAUAUUCUGGCUCUGUCGGAUGAAGCUGGGCACUUCUUUUUCAAUGGCAACACUGUCAUCGACAACCCCAGGAACUUCCGUGUGGCAGGCACCGUGUUCAAGUACAGGAGACCCGCCAACCUUGUGUCUGAUGGGUUCGAGUACAUCAUCGCACAGGGACCCACCAACCAAGGCCUGAACGUCAUGUACUACAACUUGAACGGGAAAAUGCCACACAUCACAUACGAGUACACGGUGCCCCGUUUCCCGGAGCCCAGAACAGUGCCCCCUCUCGUGACAGCCCCCGAGGCGGCCCAUAAGAGUGGUGUGGUCGCACUGCUGCCACACGAGCCCUCAGGCAUAGACAGGGACUUGAACGACACCUCAGUGGAGCUCUCCUACAAGGACAACGAGAUUGAGGGUGGCGAGGAGUACAAGUUUGGCAACCGCACAACCCCCCUGGCCACAGAUGAGGGCCCGGGUGCACCACUGGACUCCGUCGAGCACUUGGUGUGGGAACUGCAGGCCCCGCUCAACCUCACCGACCUGCCGGGCGUCCUGGUCUUCAGGCCCCUCAAUGAGGUCUUCCAGAACAGUGUGCGAAACAAGCUGGAGGACCACGAAGGCCCAGGCGAUUAUGGUGCAGAAGAUUCUAACUUGAUUGAUGGGACCUUGACCAACCAGAAUGCCACCCACCGCUCCAGGCCUCUGAACAGGGGUGCAUUUAUGGGCCUCCUGUCCAAGCAUGCGGGCCUGAGGCGGCCCUGCAAGAACAGCUCUGCGCUCGAUGGCCCCUGCCCCAACCCGGGUGGCCCCGAGGCCCAGCGGAACUCCAGCACCUCCCUCGACAACAGCCUGUCUGUGGAGCUCCUUCCCGGUGGCCUGACUUCUGACCUCCGCGCUGCCCCACAGGACAGCGCCCCCCAUGGGCUCCUGGUGGAGCCAGAGCACCAGCCUAAUGGCUCGUCCCCACAGCAGGCAAACUUACUCCGCCUGCAUCAGGUGGAGCCCGCACAGACCCCCAACACAGAGAGCAACGAGUUUGAGGUGGGAUCGCUCGAUCACGACAUCAGCCUGGCUGACAUGUACAGAUGGAAGGUAUCUGCGUUUGCACCCUGCAGUUCAACAUGUACCACAGGUAUCAGCACAUCCUACGCCAUGUGCGUCCGCUAUGAUGGCUCCGAAGUGGACGAGAGUUUCUGUGAUGCCCUGACCCGACCAGAGCCCACCCACGAGUUCUGCACGGGGAAGGAGUGUCCCCCGAGAUGGGAGACCAGCAGGUGGAGUGAGUGCUCCCGGACCUGUGGAGAGGGUUACCAGUUCCGCACGGUGCGCUGCUGGAAGAUGAUGGCCCCCGGUUUUGACAGCUCUGUGUACGAUGAGCUGUGCCAGGCCGCUGAUUUACAGCGGCCAAUGGCACGCAAGGCCUGCAAGAACAAGGGCUGUGGGCCACAGUGGGAAAUCUCUGAUUGGUCAGAGUGUUCGGCCCGGUGCGGAGGCCGGGGCGUGCGGAGCAGGGAGGUGCGUUGCUCCAUGGAGACGCGACUCUGCAAUGAAUCAACCCGCCCACUGAGUGAGAAGGAGUGCGAGGGGCCGCCGUGUGACCGCAGGUGGACUGUGUCCGACUGGGGACCUUGUUCAGGGCCUUGUGGUGAAGGGCGCAUGACACGCUACGUGGUGUGUAAGAACAGUGACGGGAGCGUGAUCUCGGACGGCCAGUGUGACCUGGACCUCAAGCCGCUGGCCGUGUACCCCUGUGGUGACAAGAACUGCCCUGCACACUGGGUGGAGCAAGAGUGGGAGCAGUGCAACGCCACCUGUGGGCGGGGGGUGAAGACGCGUCAGGUGGUUUGUGCUGGUCUGGAGAAUGGGGUGUUUAAGGAGUUCCCAGAGCAGGCGUGCGACCCUGCCCUCAGGCCAGAGGAGAGCGCAGCCUGCUUCGAGAGGCCCUGCUCCAAGUGGUUCACCACGUCGUGGUCCCAGUGCAGUAAAACGUGUGGCAGUGGGGUCAGAGUGCGGGAGGUGAAGUGCUACCAGGGGGAAGAGGUGGGACACAGCUGCGAUUCUGCACUGAAACCUGAGGCCAGGCAGACGUGUGAAGUGCAGGCCUGCCCCACAGAGGCACCAGUGGACGACGUUUGCCAGGACAAAGCGACGGCGAACUGUGCCCUGGUUCUGAAGGUGAAGCUCUGCACCCACUGGUACUACAGGAAAGCCUGCUGUCUGUCGUGCAAGAACAAGGCCCAGUAG